UUCUGUGUUGCCUCUGCAGGGUUACUUGUUGUAUCGGGACACAACUAACCACAGUAUGUCGGCCAUCAAGAUUAACCCCGAGACCCUGGAGCAUGAGGGUGGUGUUACCAUGCCAGGUCAACAUUCAGACGGACAAAACAUCAUAUUUACAGAUGGAGAAUACAUUAACCAAAUCGCAGCUUGUAAAGAUGAUGGCUUUGUUGUGCGGAUUUACACCAUGAGCUCCGACCCGGCCCUGCAGCAGGAGCUGCAGCUGAAGCUGGCGAGGAAAUGUCUGCACGCCUGUGGGAUCUCUCUCUUUGACCUUGAAAAGGAUCUUCACAUCAUCAGUACUGGCUUUGAUGAAGAGGCAGCGUUGCUUGGAGCUGGCAGGGAGUUUGCUCUGAUGAAAACGGCCUCUGGAAAGAUCUACUACACUGGAAAGUACCAGAGUCUGGGCAUUAAACAAGGCGGCCCAUCAGCUGGUAAAUGGGUGGAGCUGCCCAUCACCAAGUCUCCGAAGAUCACCCAGUUCUCAGUCGGCCAUGACGGUUCUCAUGCCCUUCUAGUAGCUGAAGAUGGGAGCGUUUUUUUCACAGGCUCUGCGAGCAAAGGAGAGGAUGGGGAAUCCACUAAAAGUCGCAGGCAGCCGAAGCCAUACAAGCCCAAGAAGAUGAUCAAACUGGAGACGAAGACGGCUGUGUAUACAGCUUGUAACAAUGGUAGCAGUAGCAUCAUCACAAAGGAUGGAGAGCUCUAUAUGUUUGGAAAGGAUGCGAUUUACAGUGACAGCACCUGCCAAGUGACAGAUCUUAAAGGCCAUUUUGUAACUCAGGUUGCCAUGGGAAAAGCUCAUACAUGUGUUCUUACUAAGAACGGAGAGGUGUGGACGUUUGGGGUGAAUAACAAAGGCCAGUGUGGCAGAGACACUGGAGCCAUGAGCCAGGCAGGGAAAGCAUUUGGUGUGGAGAGCAUGGCUACUGCUAUGGAUGAGGACUUGGAGGAUGAGCUGGAAGACAAGGAAGAGAAAAGCAUGAUGUGCCAGCCGGGCAUGCACAAGUGGAAGCUGGACCAGUGUAUGGUUUGCACUGUGUGUGGAGACUGCACUGGGUAUGGUGCCAGUUGUGUCAGCAGUGGGCGCCCUGACAGAGUACCAGGAGGUAUCUGUGGUUGUGGUUCUGGAGAGUCCGGCUGCUCAGCAUGUGGCUGUUGUAAGGCCUGUGCCAGGGAGCUUGACGGUCAGGAGGCCCGGCAAAGAGGGAUCUUUGAUGCUGUAAAGGAGAUGAUUCCACUGGAUCUGCUGCUAGCUGUGCCUGUCCCUUCCCCUCCAGGAGUUAACAUUGAGGAGCACAUUCAGAUCCGCCAGGAGGAGAAGCGACAGAGAAUUAACCGCCGGCAUAGGUUGGAGGAAGGAAGAGGCCCCCUUGUUUUUCCCGGUCCCAUUUUUAUGAACCAGCGUGAGCAGGCCCUAGCCAGAAUAAGACCCCUUCAGGCACUCAGGCAUAAACGGGACAAGCACAAAGAUGGCAGCAGUGAGCGCGGAGAGAAGGAUGCCAGCAAGAUUACCACCUAUCCCCCAGGGGCGGUGAGAUUUGACAGUGAGCUGCGAGCCGUUCAAGUCAGCUGUGGUUUUCACCACUCUGUGGUGCUGAUGGAGAAUGGAGAUGUCUUCACGUUUGGGUACGGCCAACAUGGCCAGCUCGGUCAUGGAGACGUUAACUCCAGAGGCGCUCCGACUCUCGUCCAGGCUCUGCCGGGACCCAGUGUCCAGGUGACUGCCGGCAGUAACCACACAGCCGUUCUCCUCCUGGAUGGGCAGGUCUUCACUUUUGGGAGCUUCUCGAAAGGGCAGUUGGGCCGUCCCAUCCUAGACAUGCCCUACUGGAACGCCAAGCCAUCGCCCAUGCCAAACAUCGGUGCCAAAUACGGACGGAAGGCCACCUGGAUCGGUGCCAGUGGAGACCAGACAUUCCUGCGGAUCGACGAGGCGCUCAUCAACUCUCAUGUCCUCGCUACUUCUGAGAUCUUUGCUAGCAAACACAUCAUCGGACUUGUACCCUCUUCUGUGUCUGAGGCGCCUCCUUUUAAAUGUUUGUUGAUCAACAAAAUGGAUGGAAGCUGCAGAACUUUCAAUGACUCCGAGCAGGAGGACCUGCAGGGGUUUGGACUCUGUUUGGACCCCGUUUAUGAUGUCAUAUGGAGGUUCCUGCCAGCCUCAAAAGAGAUGUGGUGCUACAAUGCAGUAAUAGCCGAUGCUAGGGUUCCCUCGGCAACAGAUCUACAGGCUCGCUGUAGCAUCCUCAGUCCAGAGCUAGCAUUGCCCUCUGGAUCGCAUGCAGCCACCACUCGCUCUCAUGGAGCCCUACACAUCCUUGGUUGCCUGGAUACUUUAGCAGCCAUGCAGGAGCUGAAGAUGGGAGUUGCAAGUGCAGAAGAAGAAACCCAGGCCGUCAUGAAGGUCUACUCAAAGGAGGACUACAGCGUUGUAAACCGCUUUGAAAGUCAUGGAGGAGGCUGGGGUUACUCGGCUCACUCUGUGGAGGCCAUCCGUUUCUGCGCUGAUGCUGACAUCCUGCUUGGGGGACUGGGGCUGUUCGGCGGACGAGGGGAAUACACAGCCAAGAUCAAGCUUUUUGAGUUGGGACCUGAUGGAGGCGACCAUGAGACGGAUGGUGAUCUGCUCGCUGAGACUGAUGUUCUGGCUUAUGACUGUGCAGCCAGGGAGAAGUAUGCCAUGAUGUUUGAUGAGCCUGUGCUGCUGCAGCUCGGCUGGUGGUACGUGGCAUGGGCCAGAGUUUCGGGUCCCAGCAGCGACUGCGGUUCCCACGGACAGGCAACCAUCACUACUGAUGACGGUGUGGUCUUUCAGUUCAAAAGCUCCAAAAAAUCCAACAAUGGUACUGAUGUUAAUGCGGGCCAGAUUCCUCAGCUUCUUUACAGGCUUCCCUCCAAUGAUGGCAACGCCUCUAAAGGAAAACAGCAGACCAGUGAACCAGUCCAUAUCCUCAAACGCUCAUUUGCUCGUACGGUCUCCGUGGAAUGUUUUGAGUCUCUUUUGAGUGUUCUUCACUGGAGCUGGACCACAUUGGUGUUGGGAGUUGAGGAGCUUCGUGGGCUGAAGGGUUUCCAAUACACAGCCACACUUCUGGACUUGGAGAGGCUCCGCUUCGUUGGCACCUGCUGCCUCCGCCUGCUCAGGGUCUACAUCUGUGAGAUAUUCCCCAUUGCAGCCAGCACCAAAGCUGUGGUGGAGGAGUCAAGCAAGCUGGCCGAGUGUGUGGGAAAGACACGCAGCCUGCUGAAGAAGAUCCUGUCAGAAGGCAUGGACAACUGCCUGACUAAGCUGGACAAUGACCCUCAGGGCUACCUGUCUCAGCCUCUUACCUUGCUGGAAGCCGUGCUGCAGGAGUGCCACAACACAUUCACUGCUUGCUUUCACUCCUUCUACCCAACUCCAGCCCUGCAGUGGGCUUGUCUUUGUGAUCUGCUCAACUGUUUAGACCAGGACAUCGCUGAGGCAAAUUUUCGCACAUCCAGCAGCCGUCUGUUAGCAGCUGUUAUGUCAGCUCUUUGCAACACUUCAGUCAAGCUGACGUCCAUCUUGCCUAUCGCAUACGAUGGAGAAGUGCUGCUGCGUUCACUGGUGAAACAAGUCAGCACUGAGAAUGACUCUGCCCUCGCUCAUCGGUUCCCUCUGCUGGUGGCCCAUAUGGAGAAACUGAGUCAUACGGAGGAGAACCUGAUGGGUAUGACCAGCUUCCGGGAAGUUCUGGAGAAGAUGCUGGUGAUCGUGGUGCUGCCGGUGAGGAAGACUUUAAGGAAGGAAGUCGAGCUGUUCUCCCCUCACUUGGUCUCCAAUACCUGCGGGCUGCUGGCCUCCAUCGUGUCUGAACUCACUGCUUCAGCCAUGGGCUCAGAGGUCGAUGGGCUAAACUCGCUGCACUCAGUGAAAGCCUCUCCAAACCGCUUCACUAAAACCAGCCAAGGGCGCAGCUGGAACACGGGCAACGGCUCCCCAGACGCCAUCUGUCUGACAGUGGACAAGCCAGGUGUUGUGCUGGUAGGGGUCUGCGUCUACGGCGGAGGGGGCAUCCAUGAGUAUGAGCUGGAGGUGCUGGCUGAUGAUGCUCAGACGGAACAUCCAGGCGACUCAGCACAUUCUCACAGGUGGACGUCUUUAGAGCUGGUGAAGGGCACCUACAGCACUGACGACUCUCCUAGUGAUAUUGCAGAGAUUCGUCUGGACAAGGCGGUGCCACUAAAGGAAGGUGUGAAAUAUGCUGUUCGGUUACGAAACUACGGCAGCAGGACAGCCAAUGGGGACGGAGGUAUGACAACAGUGCAGUGCUCAGACGGCGUUUCCUUCACCUUCAGCACUUGCAGCUUGAGCAGCAAUGGAACCAAUCAGACCAGGGGUCAAAUCCCACAGAUUCUCUACUACAGGAGUGAGUAUGAUGGGGACCUUCAGUCUCAGCUGCUUAGCAAAGCCAAUGAGGAGGACAAGAACUGCAGCAGAGCUCUGUCUGUGGUUAGUGCUGUAGUCAGAGCUGCAAAGGACCUCCUGCACAGGGCAUUUGCAGUUGAUGCUGAUGACAUUCCAGAGCUGUUAAGCUCCUCCAGCCUCUUCUCUAUGCUGCUGCCACUGAUUCUGGCCUACAUUGGACCUGUUGCUGCAUCUGUGCCAAAGGCUGCUGUUGAGGUCUUUGGAUUAGUUCAAGAACUGCUGCCUGCUGUUUCUGCCCUCAACCAAAAGUAUGCGCCACCCUCCUUUAACCCCAACCAGUCUACUGACAGCACCACUGGCAACCAGCCUGACCUAGGCCUGUCAGCUUGCACCACUUCCAACCACUACUCUGUAAUUGAGAGUGAUCACCCUUAUAAACAAGCUGGGGUCACACAAUACAGGGUAUCCUUUCCAGACUGCGUUCGGUGGACCACCAUCGAGUUCGAUCCUCAGUGUGGGACAGCGCAGCCAGAGGACGUCCUUCGGCUGCUCAUCCCCAGCCGCACGCUCCAUUUAUCUAACCUGGGUGGAAAACCUUUGAUCCACGACACCAUCAACACCUGGACCGAACUCAGGAAGUUCUCAGGCUCCACUGGCUGGCCCACCACAGUGCUGGUUCUUCCAGGGAAUGAAGUCCUGUUUUCCCUGGAAACAGCCUCAGAUUAUGUAAAAGAUGAGAAGGCUUGUUUCUAUGGCUUCAAGUGUGUGGCUAUUGGAUAUGAAUUCAAUCCUGGUCCUGAUGAGGGUAUAAUCCAGUUAGAGAAAGAGUUGGCGUUCCUGGGGAGCGUGUGUGCUGCAGCUUUAAUGAAGAAAGAUUUGGCUCUUCCUAUUGGUAAUGAGUUGGAGGAAGAUCUUGAGAUUCUUGAAGAAGCCUCUCUUCAGGUGUGUAAAGCCCACUCAGGGAUUCUGGGGAAAGGUCUGGCCCUCUCUCACUCUCCCACAAUACUGGAAGCCCUUGAGGGAAACCUGCCCCUCCACAUCCAAACAAACGAGCACUCGUUUCUAGAGGACUUUAUCACCUGUGUGCCAACCUCGAGUGGAGGCCGACUUGCCAGGUGGCUGCAGCCUGACUCUUAUGCGGAUCCUCAGAAAACUUCUCUGAUCCUGAACAAAGAUGAUAUCCGUUGUGGUUGGCCAGCUACUGUGGUGGUGCAGACUAAAGACCAGUAUGGGGAUGUGGUGCAUGUUCCCAACAUGAAGGUGGAGGUAAAGGCUGUUCCAGUUUCCCAGAAGAAGUCUGUUCAGACGGAUAAUAUGAAAAAACUGCAGAGGCUUCCUGGAAGCUCGUCUCCUUCGUCUUCUGGCCCUGACCUCACGUUUGGAGGCCUGCAGAUGCCUAAACUGGAAGCCACCUACGAGCCUGUGAUAGUGAAAGAAGCUCGAUACAUUGCCAUCACCAUGAUGAAGGCUUAUGAAAACUACUCCUUUGAAGAGUUGCGCUUUGCUUCCCCCACCCCAAAGAGGCCCAGUGAAAAUAUGCUCAUCCGUGCUAACACCGAUGGGACCUACAGCGCUAACUGGACUCCUGGAGCAGUCGGCCUCUAUACGAUCCACGUCACCAUCGAUGGCAUUGAAAUAGAUGCUGGGUUGGAGGUGGAAGUCAAAGACCCUCCAAAGGGAAUGAUACCACCUGGGACCCAGAUGGUGAAACAGAAGGCUGAACCUCAACCAAGCAAGGUCCGCAAAUUUGUGUCCAAGGACAGCGCAGGCCUGCGUGUCCGUAGUCACCCCUCCUUGCAGAGUGAACAGAUAGGCAUAGUGCACGUCAAUGGCACCAUCACUUUUAUUGACGAGAUCCACAAUGAUGAUGGAAUAUGGCUCAGACUCAAUGAUGAGACAGUAAAGAAGUAUGUUCCCAACAUGAAUGGUUACACAGAAGCCUGGUGCCUCUCUUUUAAUCAGCACCUGGGCAGGAAUCUACUGGUCCCAGCUGACAAUGUUUUUAACGCAAGCCAAGGAGUCAGGGAUGUCGCCUUUUUGUCAUGGACCCCCUUAACUAUUUUCCCACCACAGGAGGUCAGGGGCCAAUCGGAGGAGAGCGUUAAGGAGGUGAGCAGCUGCCCUUCCCACGAGGCUCCCAUUCGGGUGCAGAACAGGGCUGGGCAGGGCGGCGGCCCGGGGCUUUAUAAGGUAGUGAAGACCGGCCCCUCUGGUCACAACAUCAGAAGCUGUCCAAACCUUAGGGGUAUCCCUAUUGGAAUGUUAGUACUUGGCAACAAAGUCAAGGCCAUAGGCGAGGUUGUAAACUCAGAGGGAACCUGGGUGCAGCUGGAUAAGAACAGUGUAGUGGAGUUCUGUGAGAGCGAUGAGGGGGAGGCUUGGUCGUUGGCCAGAGACCGUGGAGGGAACCAGUACCUGCGUCAUGAUGAUGAACAAGUUUUGAUUGAGCAUGGAAAUCAGACCCCACCACCCAGCCCCUUCUCUGUGCAAGCUUUCAGCAGAGCUGCAACUUCAAACGGAGCUCAGGGCUUUGACUAUGGCAUCUCCAACAACAAAGGUGACCGGUUAAGUGCCAUACUGAAUUCCAUUCAGUCUGGGCCCUUCCUCUCAGCAGCUCCCUCCUCCUCCUCCUCCGUAUUUGAUCAAGCUGCCCAACCUCCCUCCUCUUCCUCUUCCUCCUCCUCUUCCUCCUCCCUUGUCCAGAGCCCAUUUGUGUUUGGACAAUCCCCCUCCCAAGUGUCUCAGCCACAACCACAGCUUCUGAAUGGUUCAUCUCGCAGCCUUGCUUCUCGUGAGAGUGUGCACAAAAGCAGUGUGUCGGUGGCUGGUCAUGGUAGUGCUCUCUCAUCUCUCGCUCUAAGGCAAAAGGGUGAACGGGGGAAUCUGAUGUCCGGUGCACGCUCCAUGUCCCAAAGCAGCAAACAGCGGCAGGAGAACCGCUCCCCAAAGCAUGAGAGCCGGCGCUCCUCUGAGCAGGGCCGGGUGAAAGCGAGCGAGGGCGGACUCUCAGCCAGCGAAGCCCUCAUCCUGCGGUCUGACACAGCCAAGCUUAGAAGCGACUCUCACAGCCGCUCCCACUCACCCAAUCACAACACUCUCCAGGCGCUAAAGGCAGACGGUAGAACCUCUGGGAUUCGGGCCGAGUCGCCGAACCCGGGCUCUCGCUCUUCUUCUCCCAAACAAAAAGGCGUUUCUUCAUCGGGACGAUCCAGUCCCUCAGGAAACGUAUCCCAGCUCUCCUCUUCAAGCCACCAUGACAAAAACCUCCCUCCCAAAGUCAGCCCUUCUUCUAAAGCAAAGCCCCUCGACCCCCCCAGGGAGAGAUCCAAGUCAGACUCGUACACUCUUGAUCCAGACACACUAAGAAAAAAGAAGAUUCCUCUUACAGAACCGCUCAGGGGCAGAUCUACCUCUCCUAAAUCUAAACUGUCUCCUAAAGAUCCUAAUAAAGAGGUGAUCAGUAAUACAGAGAACCGUGCUCCAUCCCCACAUGUGACCCAGGAGAACCUCCAUAGUGAGGUAGUGGAGGUUUGCACCUCUAGCGCUCUCCUCUCCAACGAGGACAUCAACGAUGAGAAUGUGGAGCUCCGUAAUUCGGAUGAAGGCUCAUGUAAAGUCCACUUCAGCAUUGGCAAAGCUCCGGUCAAAGAGGAGCUGGAGAGCCGCUCCUCACCCAAAGUCAGCCGCAAGGCAUCCAGCCGGCACACGCGUCCCAAGAAAGACAAAUCCGGGCCUCUGUUCAAAGCCGAGAGCACGUCAAGAGUCACUGAGCCCGUCAAACAAGCUAUGUCCCCUUCGGUUGCUGAAUGUGCCCGUGCUGUUUUUGCCGCGUUCCUUUGGCAUGAGGGGAUCGUCCACGACGCCAUGGCCUGUUCUUCCUUCCUCAAGUUUAAUCCCGACUUAACCAAAGAGCAAGCCCCCAUUCGUAACUCCUUGGGAGGACAGGGGCCCGAGGAAAAAGAGAGCAAGUUAAAAAAUCGCCACUCCUUGGAGAUUUCCUCUGCACUCAACAUGUUUAAUAUCGCUCCCCACGGCCCAGACAUCUCCAAAAUGGGCAGCAUUAACAAAAAUAAAGUGUUAUCCAUGCUGAAGGAGCCUCCGCUCCCAGAAAAGUGCGAGGAUGGGAAAGGAGAGACCUCGUCCUAUGAGAUGGCAUCUCAUCCCUGCCUGAGGCCAAAGUCAAUCUUGCCGUUAACCUUACAGCAUUUAGUGGCGUUCUGGGAGGACAUUUCAAUGGCCACCAUCAAAGCAGCUACACAGAACAUGAUCUUUCCCAGCCCAGGGUCCAGCGCCAUCUUAAAGAAGAAGGAGCAUGAAAAGGACAGCAAAAAGGCAAAGAAGGAGAAGAAAAAGAGGGAGAAGGCGGAGGUACGUCCAAGAGGAAAUCUGUUUGGAGAGAUGGCUCAGCUCGCCAUGGGCGGACCAGAGAAAGACACCAUCUGUGAGCUGUGUGGGGAGUCUCAUCCUUACCCCGUCACCUACCACAUGAGACAGGCUCAUCCAGGUUGUGGCCGUUAUGCCGGGGGUCAGGGCUACAACAGCAUCGGCCAUUUCUGUGGAGGCUGGGCUGGAAAUUGUGGAGAUGGAGGCAUUGGAGGCAGCACCUGGUAUCUGGUGUGUGAUCGCUGUCGGGAGAAAUAUCUCAGAGAAAAGCAGAGUGCAGCCAGGGAAAAGGUGAAACAGUCGAGGAAGAAACCUCUGCAGGUGAAGACCCCGAGAGCUCUACCAACCAUGGAGGCCCACCAGGUGAUCCGAGCCAACGCGCUGUUCCUGCUGUCCCUCAGCAGCGCAGCUGAGCCCAGCAUGCUGUGUCACCAUCCUCCCCGACCCCUUCACUCACAGCUGCUCCCCAGCCUAAAGGAGGGCGUCUCAGAGGAACUUCCUAAUAAAAUGGGCUGCUUAUACCUACAAACACUAGCGAGGCAACACACUGAGAACUUUGGAGCUUAUCAAGAUGACAACCUCUUCCAGGAUGAGAUGAGGUAUCUGCGGUCUACAUCUGUACCUGCGCCCUACAUCUCUGUUACACCUGACGCUUGUCCCAAUGUGUUUGAGGAACCAGAGAGUAAUAUGAAGUCCAUGCCCCCAAGUCUUGAAACCAGUCCGAUUACAGACAGUGACACUGCAAAGCGCACAGUUUUUCAGAGGUCUUACUCUGUUGUGGCCUCAGAGUACGACAAGCAGCAUUCACCGUCACCAGCCCGGGUCAAAGCCGUCCCCAGGCGGAGGGUUCAUAGCGGAGAUGCAGAAGUAGGCUCCUCCCUGCUACGGCACCCGUCUCCCGAGCUAUCCCGGCUGAUCUCUGCUCACGGCUCACUCAGUAAAGGGGAGAGGAAUUUCCAGUGGCCUGUUCUGGCUUUUGUUAUCCAGCACCACGACCUUGAAGGCCUGGAGGUGGCAAUGAAGCAUGCUCUGAGAAAGUCUGCCUGCAGGGUGUUUGCCAUGGAGGCGUUCAACUGGCUGCUGUGCAACGUAAUCCAGACCACCUCCCUCCAUGACAUUCUUUGGCAUUUCGUAGCCUCUCUCACACCUUCGCCCUGUGAGCCAGAGGAUGAGGAAGAUGAGGAGAAUAAGGGGAACAAAGAAAAUGUUGAGCAGGAAAGAGACCUUGGUGUAUGUGAACAUCCUCUGUCAGACAUUGUGAUCGCUGGGGAGGCAGCCCAUCCGCUCCCCCACACUUUUCAUCGUCUUCUCCAGACAAUCUCUGACCUCAUGAUGUCACUUCCUAGUGGCAGUGCACUGCAGCAGAUGGCGCUAAGAUGCUGGAGUCUCAAAUUUAAACAGUCCGACCACCAGUUCCUCCAUCAGAGCAACGUCUUCCAUCACAUCAACAACAUCCUGUCCAAGUCGGACGAUGGAGACAGCGAGGAGAGCUUCAACAUCAGUGUGCAGUCCGGAUACGAAGCAAUGAGCCAGGAUCUCUGCCUGGUAACCUGCUUGAAGGACCUUACUAGUGUGGUAGACAUUAAGACGUCCAGUCGCCCUGCCAUGAUCGGCAGCCUAACGGAUGGCUCCACAGAGACCUUCUGGGAGUCUGGAGAUGAGGAUAAAAAUAAGACCAAAAGCAUCACUUUUAGCUGUGUUAAAGGCAUAAAUGCUACCAAAGUUUCUGUUCACGUGGACAACUCCAGAGACAUUGGGAACAAAGUCACAUCAGUGACAUUUCUUUGUGGGAAAGCAAUAGAGGACCUCUGCAGAAUUAAGCAGGUUGACCUUGACUCGCGCCACAUGGGCUGGGUUACGAGUGAGCUCCCUGGAGGCGAUUAUCAUGUGAUCAAAGUGGAGCUAAAAGGCCCCGAAAACACUCUGAGGGUUCGUCAAGUCAAGGUUCUUGGCUGGAAGGAGGGCGAGAGCAUCAAGAUCCUUGGACAGAUCUCAGCCAGCAUGGCUCAGCAGAAAAACUGUGAGGCCGAGACGCUUCGAGUUUUCCGGCUCAUCACCUCACAGGUUUUUGGCAAGCUCAUCUGUGGAGAUGCAGAGCCAACCCCAGAGCAGGAGGAGAAAAAUCUGCUUUCGUCUCCAGAGGGAGAGGAUAAGGCACCAUCUGAUGCAGACCUUAAGGAGCACAUGGUGGGAAUAAUCUUCAGCAGAAGCAAACUAACCAAUCUGCAGAAACAAGUGUGCGCACACAUUGUUCAGGCAAUCCGCAUGGAAGCCACACGUGUUAGGGAGGAGUGGGAGCAUGCCAUCUCUAGCAAAGAAAACGCCAAUUCCCAGCCCAGCGACGACGAUGCCUCAUCUGACGCCUACUGCUUCGAGCUCCUCUCCAUGGUCCUGGCUCUGAGCGGCUCCAAUGUGGGCCGCCAAUAUCUGGCGCAACAGCUCACCCUCAUGCAGGACCUGUUUUCUCUCCUGCACACUGCUUCUCCGAGGGUACAGAGACAGGUGACGUCUUUGCUCCGACGCGUCCUACCCGAAGUGACGCCAGUCCGCCUCGCCAGCAUCAUAGGAGUGAAGGCUCUCCCCCCAGCAGACAUCAGCGACAUUAUCCACUCCACAGAGAAGGGCGACUGGAACAAGCUCUGCAUCCUCGACAUGUUCCUGGGCUGCAUCGCCAAGGCCCUCACCGUGCAGCUUAAAGCCAAAGGCACCACCAUCUCCGGGACGGGCGGCACCGUUGCCGGAAAGGGUGUCACAACCGUCACUCUUCCCAUGAUCUUUAACUCCAGCUACAUCCGCAGAGGUGAGAGCCAUUGGUGGAUGAAAGGGUCCACGCCUCCACAGAUCGCUGAGAUCAUCAUAAAGCUGGUCAAAGAUAUGGCAGCUGGCCACCUGUCAGAUGCCUGGUCCAGGGUGACCAAAAAUGCAAUUGCAGAGACCAUCAUUGCUCUGACUAAAAUGGAGGAGGAGCACCGCUCUCCUGUUCGCUGUAUAGCAACAACAAGGCUGUGGCUGGCCUUGGCAUCGUUGUGCGUGCUGGACCAGGACCACGUCGACCGGCUUUCGUCCGGUCGCUGGAUGGGUAAAGACGGACAGCAGAAGCAGAUGCCCAUGUGUGACAAUCAUGACGACGGCGAAACAGCAGCGAUCAUCCUGUGUAACAUAUGCGGCAACCUUUGCACCGACUGCGACCGCUUCCUUCAUCUGCACCGACGCACUCGCUCCCACCAGAGACAGGUGUUUAAGGAGGAAGAGGAGGCAAUUAAAGUUGACCUCCAUGAAGGGUGUGGGAGAACCAAGCUCUUCUGGCUUAUGGCUCUGGCUGAUUCCAAGACGAUGAAGGCCAUGGUGGAGUUCAGAGAGCACACGGGUAAACCAGCAUCCAGCAGCUCAGACGCCUGCAGGUUCUGUGGUACUAGAAAUGGAACCGAGCUGUCUGCAGUGGGGAGCGUCUGCUCAGACCCAGACUGUCAGGAGUACGCUAAGCUGGCCUGCAGUAAGACUCAUCCCUGCGGACACCCCUGUGGGGGAGUGAAAAACGAGGAGACGUGCCUGCCGUGUCUGCACGGCUGCGACAAGAACGCCGGCUGCCUUAAACAGGAUGCAGACGACAUGUGUAUGAUCUGCUUUACAGAGGCUCUCUCUGCUGCUCCUGCUGUACAGCUGGACUGCACUCACGUGUUUCACCUUCAGUGCACUCGCCGCGUUCUUGAAAACCGCUGGCUUGGGCCUCGUAUCACAUUUGGCUUCAUGCUGUGUCCCAUUUGCAAGAACAAAAUCAAUCACUCUGUGAUCAAAGACCUCCUGGAUCCCAUUAAGGAGCUUUAUGAGGAUGUGAGGAGGAAAGCUCUGAUGAGGCUGGAGUAUGAAGGCUUACACAAGAGUGAGGCCAUCACCACACCCGGUGCACGCUUCCACAAUGACCCUGCAGGCUUUGCAAUGAACAGAUAUGCCUACUAUGUCUGCUACAAGUGCAAAAAGGCGUAUUUUGGAGGAGAAGCUCGCUGUGAUGCAGAAGCAGGGCAAGGUGAUGACUAUGACCCCAGCGAACUGAUCUGUGGAGCAUGCUCAGAUGUCUCUAGAGCUCAGAUGUGCUCCAAACAUGGCACAGAUUUUCUGGAGUAUAAAUGCCGGUACUGCUGCUCUGUGGCUGUUUUCUUCUGCUUUGGAACCACACACUUCUGUAAUGCCUGCCAUGAUGACUUCCAGAGAAUGACCAGCGUUCCUAAAGAGGAGCUCCCUCGUUGUCCUGCAGGACCCAAGGGCAAGCAGCUGGAAGGCACAGAGUGCCCUUUGCAUGUGGUCCACCCCCCGACAGGUGAAGAAUUUGCUCUGGGCUGUGGAGUGUGCAGGAAUGCCCACACCUUCUAAACUUUUGAGGGACUCGCUGAAAACCAGUCGGUCCACUGUGAUGUUAAUCGCUGCCGCCGCUGCUGCUGCAGAGGAAGAGGCUCAGCGACGAAGCUGAGCUCUGGCUUUGAGUCUCCUGGACAACGGACCAGGUUCCCGCUCCACGCCGCGAGUCGUCAGGUCUACUCUAUCACCAACAGCAGGAUCCAGGCUCUGCUACGAGCACAAGCUGCUCCUCUUUUGGAUUCAGAGCAAACUUAAUAAUAAAAUCCCUUUUUUUUUUUUUUAAAGAAAAUCUGAAAAAGAAGAAUGGAAAAAAAAAAAAGAAAAUAAUUUGUGACGUGUUUGCAUGCAGCCGUUGUAAUCCCUCGGCUUCUAUAGACGUUGCACACCUCCCGAUCACUGAACUGUAACCAUGUAACAUUGAAGAUUAAAUAAAUUUGCUUAAACGCGACAGGAUGAACGUGAGUUUAAAAAGAGUGGGGGGAAAAGAAAAAAAAAAAAAAGGAAGGGGCCAUAUUUCCAGCUUCCGUACAAUAAAUUUAAACCAUUGUUGUAUGUAAACUCUUUUCGUAAUCUUGUACAGUAUUCCCCACUGUCAAGUGCAUCAUUGGUCGACGGGCAACAAAAAGGUGAGUUGACUGUUAAGAAUAUCACUUUCCGGUUGGAAAUAGUGUACGAUUUAUCUAAUCUUGUACAUAGCGAUACUAUUUCAAGUAGCUGUAUUCCGAAGUUGCUCUCUUCACUUCAGUUUUGUUCGGUAUUCUGGGUUUUGUUUUGAGCCAGAACUUUUAAUGAAGUGCAAUACUGGGUGUGCCUCCUAUUUUGCAGCUGUUUAAUCUAUGGAAUGUAUGUCAAAUAAAACCACUGUACAUUUUUAUACAGUGCCCCCUUCUCUUCUAUUACUGUCUGAAAAAGAGGAGCCUGGCACUUGCAGUGAAAGAUGGAGGAUGUACAUUUUGUUUUGCAGCUCUGAUAAAAGCAUCAAAAUCCUAUAUAAAUAAAAGAAUUAAAAAAAAGUCUAUGGGAGUGGUUACAGCUGAAGGAUUUAAGGGUCCAGUCUUUACACCAAAUACAAUCUUUCACCUGAAUGCUUUUUCCUAGUAUGCGUCAGGGAGAUUUGGAGGACAAAGUGGUGGGGGAUAGAAAAGAAAAAAAGAAGCUGCUGUUAAAUAAAAAGCUUAUUGUGAAUCUGCUCUGUAAUAUCUGUGGUGGAUGGAGUUGAAUGGUAAUA